AUGCCUCAUGCAAGCGUGGUUCUCACCGAGGACACUGACCAAUUCAUGGUCGGUCAGAGGGUCUACGUUGGAGGAACCAAAUCUGGCAGCAUUGUCUACAUUGGAGAGGUGAAAUUUGCUCCUGGAGAAUGGGCUGGUGUUGUACUUGAUGAACCCAUAGGAAAGAACGAUGGAUCCGUCGGAGGUGUGAAAUACUUCCAAUGCGCUCCCAAUCAUGGAGUGUUCUCGCGACUCACUCGACUCACUUACGAUCCCAUCUCACCGACCACCAAUGGGGCCAGCAGCGACAUCCCAACCACAAGGAUGAUUAACUCCUUUGUUAAAUCUGGGAGCCCAACUGCCAGUGAAAAGAGUGCAAUUCUCAAGGAUCUGAAGCUUGGGGAUCGAGUGAUGGUGACGAGCACCACGGGAACGAAAGUCGGCUUUCUGAGGUACCUGGGUCCGACCGAAUUUGCCCCUGGAGAAUGGGCCGGAGUGGAACUGGACGAUCCCAUCGGAAAGAAUGAUGGAUCUGUCGCCGGGAAAAGGUUCCCAUCCUCUCGAUACUUUGAGUGUCGCGUGCAGCAUGGGUUGUUUGCUCCUAUUCACAAGUUGAGCAAAUCUCCCUAUCAAAGGAAGAGUUCCCGCCAGAGACGAGGAUCCGGGGAGAGCUUGAGUUCUAUGUCGAGCACAGCUUCGGCCAAUCGAGGGGCUCGGGUAAGACUUGGCAUCACGUCGCUCUCUGGGCCUCAGAAGUCCAUCGGAAGAAGCUCCCUGUCAGGACCAUCGGCAACUACUGCAGCCCUUCAGGUUCCAUCCCUAGUGCUUUGGUUAACCUUAACCAGUGCUGGGCAUGAGAUCCCUCCUCUGGCUCUCAAUGCCCACUCCUUCCAAGCUGCCCUGUCUCAUGAACACAUCUUUCAGCCUGACCAAAGGAAACAAGCAUCAUUAAAAGAGAAGCAGGAGCAUGUUGAACAGCUCCUGCAAGAGGUGGACUUGGAGCGAGCCGAAGUGGCAAGAGUUUCGGUUCGUGCCAACGACUUGGAGUCUCAGUACCAUACCCUGAAGCUGGAGCAACAGCGAACAAAGGAGGAGCUAGAGGCACAGUUGGAAGAAGCCCACAAGGAGUGUCAGGCUGCCCUGCAGAAACUCAAAGAUGAACGGCUGAGGUCCGAGGAGCUGCAGUUCCGACUGGACGAGAACGAACUCCUCCUUGCUGAUAUUCAGGGAGAAGAAGGGAAAAGGGAAGACAUUGCAGAGAUAGAUCAAAAGAGGCAGGUAGAGAAGGAGAAGUCUCCAGUUCCUGCAGUCAGUAUGGUCAAAGAACAGGAAAUGAGUCAAUUGAAGGCUCAACUAAACACAAGAAUGCUUGAAGUAGAUGCCCUCAAUGAAGAGGUUCAGUGUCUUAAAGAUGCGCUCAAAGAGGGACAGUCAACGAUAGAACACCUGAAAACAGAUUUGUCAGCAGCUCAGGAUGCUUUAUCUGCAUCUGAGCAGCAGAAGACAUCUCAGCUGGCCAUGGCUGAGGGACGAGAGAGAGAGAUGGAAGCUAAAGCACGGGAGUAUGGGGCCAAAUGGGAUGAAGCCCAGCGACUCAUCUUGGCCCUCGUGGGUCUCCUUUUCUGUCUUGCUGGAAAGAGGGAAGAAGUGAGAGGGCUGAGGGAGAAACUCGACACAAGUAACCAGGGCUUCCUCGUCGAGCGAGAUGAUCUCCUCAAGACCAAAGAACUCGAAAUCUAUGAACUUCAGGAGGUUGCCAUGAUGAAGGAAGCCCAGCUCUCAGAGGCCCAGGAUCGGAUUGGAGAGUUAGAGAAACUCCUCCAGGAACUUCCUCCUGUUGACCAGGCCAGCCUGUAUGAGCUUCAGAGGGAGAGAGAUGAUCUGUUAAAGACCGUAAGCAAGCUGGAGGUAGAGAUGGAGAAGUUAGAAGGGGAGAAUGAGAGGCUAAAGAAGGAGAAGGAGGCUUAUACUCGAGCCCUGACUGAUCGAGAUGCAAAGAUGGGGAGAGUGACAGACGAGGUGGAGAGGCUCCAGGCUUCGUUCCGGGGAUACCAGGAGGAGCUGCAGAAGCGUGUAGAGGAAAAUGCAGCCGAUCGUCUUGCCAUGGAAGAGCUCAGAAGCUUGCUGGAAGUAGAACGGAAGCGGGUGGAUGAACUCCAGCUGACCCUGGAACAGGUGGAGGAGGAGCGGAAUCAGCUCCUUCAGAGAGAGACUACCUCCAAAACCGAGAUGGAUGAACUUAGAUUGCAACUCGAGGAUCUUGAGGAUCGUCUUUUCAAAUCUGAGGAAUCCCAGGCCACGAUGGAGAUGAGCGGUGAGGAGUUGGAGCAAAUGCAAAAACUUAUUCAAUCUAAGGAUGGGGAGAUAAAGCAGCUGCGUGCCCAGCUGAAGGUCCUGGAGUCCGAGGUGAUGAACAUGGAUUCCGUCCGAAAGGGUGCUGCUGCCUUGGAGGUCGAGAAGAAUGCACUGGAGAAGAAGGUUGUCGAUCUGCAGGUGGCUGUGGCUCACUCCAAAAACUCUCUCUCCAAUGGAGAGCGAGACUCCGCCCUCAGUCAGGUGGACUUUCUCAAUUCGGUCAUAGUGGACAUGCAGAGGAAAAACGACGAACUCAGGGCCAGACUGGAAGUGUACACGUCUGAUCCCUUGGCGUCCUUGUACGUUUCCUCGAGGUGCCUCGCUCUCUUUGUCCCAUGUCGCCAUCCUCAUGUUCGAGACCGUGUCGUAGGAAGGAGAGGGAGAAACGGUCGGUCGUACGAGGUCCGCGCAUGUUCUGCGACAUCUGCGAUCGCUUCGACCUCCACGAGACGGAGGACUGUCCCGAGCAAUCGUCCCGGAGGGAAUCCCCUCCUCAUUCUCGACAUCGGUCCGACCGCCAAUCCCUGCGACCCUACUGUGAUGCCUGUGAAGGUAGAGGAGUGA